GAUGACCGAUUGACUGCUGUUCUGAUGGAAGGGUUAGUAGUGGGGGGGGGGAGGUAUGCCGAUUCGGCGCGCUAUAAAGCCUUGCACAUUCUCAGAGGCAGACGACAGUCGACAGUGUGAUUUCGUGGACAGCCGCAGUCUUCACUAGAUAGCACACUACUUGCCGUCAUGCAGAUCGCAUUGGUGAUUGUAGCAGCAAUGAUGGGAGUUGUCCUAGCUUCGCCAGCUCCAGCACCCGCCCCUGUGCCAGGCCCCAAUCCAGGGCUGCUGGCCGCCCCAGUUGUAUACACGGCCCCUCUCUCCUACAGCUACAGCUCCUACACAAGUUAUCCUUCACUCAAAACUGUCCCCUAUUACUACUACUAUCCUUAUGGUAAGUUAUAAUUACCAGAACAUGAAUUCUAAUAGAUUCGUAAAUUUAAACCAAGUUAGGGAAACUUUUGACUCAUUGAAUAACUUAUAGGAGGCGGGGUGAUUCUAAUUCAUUUCUAACUAGAAAGUAAUCCGUGCUCCGCGAGUCCGCAAGGGUCUAAUUAAAAACUUGACCUUCUGAAAGAAUUUAAAAUAGGCCUAUAAGCUAUAACCGUCCUCGGUAAAUUACCAAUCAAUAUGCAAGGUUUUUAGUUGAGUAGUUCAGACGUAUGAUGCGUCAUUCGUGAAUUUCCUAUCCCGUACGUGUAUAAGCCAAUUCUUUCCUUCAUUAUAGAUCAAUCCAAUUGAAGGAGAAAAUAAAAUGUCAUACAUUUACUUAUUUUAAAUUAUUCUUUCUACUUUCAAUUUUUUGAAUAGAAGGUAAAAAUAAGUAACAAUAACAUUCAUAACAUUCUUUCAUUAGAGUGGAGACUCUUACGGGUGGUUUCACCUCGCUAUGAAGCUGAGGCUGAGUACUAUUCAGAUUCAAAACACCAAAAGAAAGGAUAUUCAGUUGGGGGAAAAACAAAAAAUGAUCUCAUGAUUAGAGAAUUGGAUCUCUUCCGUUCUAUGUCAAGAAACCUUCUUAUUCCGAAGCAUAAACAAUUCUUACAGCAUACAGAAUAUCUCGAUCGCUAAAUUAUACGACAUAAAGCCUCCGCCAAAUUAUUUCUAUCAAGUCUUAUUUGUCAUAGAUUUUCCCUCAUAUUUUCAUUGUUUUCCAGUUUUUAAUUAUAAAUAACCAUAGUUUUACAAAUAUCCUUCCUUGUUUUGCACGGAGCUUAACUUGAAUGUUUCUCUCUUAAUUAGUAUUAUUUGGUGAUUUUUAUGUAGUUAGUGAGUUUGUAUUGUAUUGAAGUAUUAUGUCUAAGACAGUAUCGGCUGUGCCCUAGCUUCGCCUAGCAAUAAAUAAUGGACUUUGAAUCUAAGCUAUUCAAUUUCAUUACAAAACCAUCAAGAUACUACUAAAGCAAUGAACACAGUAUUUACACAUUGAGAACAUUAUUUAGGAAGUAGGGAGGAUUCUUGACAUACAAAAGAUAUGACUCGGGGAAUACAUUGAAAUAUUGUUACUUUUAGAUUUCUGUGUUAUAUGAAUUUAGAUAUAUGUGCUAUAGUGAAUUAAAACAUAAUAAGAUCCGUAGAAGCAAUUGUAAAGCUGCGUUUACAGCAAAGUUAUUAACAAAAUGUUAAUAACGUAAUCCUUAUAGAUUCUAUUCGAUUGAACAUAACUUAUCAUACACAUGAUGAACGUAUGUAUUUGUCAUGCUCCGUUUAAUCUAAUAGAAUCUAUAAGGAUUAAGUUAUUAACAUUUUGAUAAUAACUUUGGUGUAAACGCAGCUUAAGGUCUGGUUCACGCCUCGACGCCAAUUGAAAAAUUAGCUUCGUUCUGGUUACUUGCUUCAAGUUGUAAAUAUUGAACAAUAUUUAACUUCCAUUAAGCCUUCCAAGUUCCAACUGGAAUCUUGCAAUAAGAAUUCAAAUAAAAAUAUUCGAUGGGAAAACAAGAAUUCACAACUGUAUAAAUAACAGUAUUAAGCUGGUUUACAUUUUGCUUAUAACUUACUUCUUAUAGAUUCGAUUAGAUUGAACGGAACUUGACAAACACAUAUGUUCAUCAUGUGUAUGAUAAGUUAUGUUCAAUCUAAUAGAAUCUAAAAGGAUUAAGUUAUUAACAUUUUGUUAAUAACUUUGGUGCAAACGCAGCUUUAUAAAUAUAAAAAAAUAAAUUGUCAUUUGUUAGAUGAUUAUUAUUUAUAGAUAUAGAAAUGUAUAUUAUGGUAAAGAAGUAAACAGAUAACCUAUAUUGUACUAUUUAGAAUUUCAGUCAUUUUUAUAAAUUAAUUUAAUUUGUUCAAUAACAGGAAUUAUCAGUACUAGGCCUACACGUUUUUUUAAUUAAUUUUUUUCAAUGUUUCUCCACCCUUUUCAGCAGGGUAUAAGGUUAAAGACCAAUCAAGACUAGAUAUAAUAAAAUUAUUGUUAGAUUUUCAAACCGUUUUACUCCAAGAGUUGACAAAUGAUUAUAUUCUAUUUUGCAGGUU